UUCGUUGAUAUAAUAUAAAAAGCAGAAUUAAGUAAUGUAUUCUUUAAUACAUAAAACUGAAAAUGCUCACGAAGACAGUAUUUGGACAUGUGCUUGGGGAUGUCCAAAGAAAAAGAAGGACACGCAAAUAGACAAUGAAGAUUCCCGUGACUCCAUACGAUCAAACGAUGAUAUUACAAGUGAAUACAUUAUAACUGGUUCAGUAGAUGAUACAGUAAAAGUUUGGGAAAAUAAGGAUGGGAGCUUAAAACUUAAACAUAAACUUACUGGACAUUCGCUAGGAGUUGUUUCUGUAGCAACCAAUUCUGAUGGAACAAAGUGUGCAUCUAGUUCCUUAGAUUCAAGUUUAAGAGUAUGGGACUUAGAGUCAGGUGAAAAAAUGUACAGUAUAGAAGUUGGACCAGUUGACAUUUGGACAGUUUGUUUUUCUCCGGAUGAUAAAUAUAUUGUUUCUGGGAGUCAUGCAGGAAAAAUAAAUUUAUACAGUGCGGAAAAUGGAAAACAAGAACAAAUUUUAGAUACAAGAGGAGGGAAAUUUACUUUUAGUGUAGCUUAUAGUCCAGAUGGUAAAUAUAUAGCAAGUGGCGCAAUAGAUGGUAUCAUAAAUAUUUUUGAUGUUGCUUAUGGAAAAGUGUUACAAACUCUGGAAGGGCAUGCUAUGCAAAUUCGAUCUUUAUGUUUCUCUCCCGACUCUCAACUACUCUUAACUGCUAGUGAUGAUAGUCAUAUGAAAUUAUAUGAUAUAAAAGAUGCAAAUGUAGCUGGAACUAUGUCCGGACACGCUUCUUGUGUACUUGGAGUAACAUUUGCUUCUGAUGGUAAAAAAUUUGCUUCUAGUAGUUCUGACCAUACCGUUAAAAUUUGGGAAUUGGCUCAGCGACAAUGUUUACAUACUUUUCAUGACCAUACUGAUCAGGUAUGGGGUGUAAAAUAUCAUCCCUCAAAAAAUAAUUUACUUGUAUCUGUCGCUGAAGAUAAAGCCAUUAAUUUAUACGAACAUCCUGAAUAAUACUUCAUUUGUAUAUAUUGUACAUUUUAUAAUAUUAACAACAUUAAAAAGGUUCUUUCAUAACAAAAGUGUUUCAUUUAGGAU